AUUGUUUUGUCAGUGGAGUCAUUCAGCAGUAUUCAGAAUUGUAUUGUAUGUGGAAUUACAAAGUGACAAUCGACGUGGCAUUCUCGAUUCCAGUUAAAAUAUCAGGAAAAUUUGAAGCUCGAUUAAUAAGCAUCUUUUAUAAUAAUAAUGGGUCUAACGAUUUCUAGCGUUUUGACCAAAUUAUUUGGCAAAAAGCAAAUGCGAAUCUUGAUGGUCGGAUUGGACGCUGCUGGUAAAACCACUAUUUUAUACAAACUAAAACUAGGAGAAAUUGUGACCACAAUCCCAACGAUUGGUUUCAAUGUGGAAACAGUUGAAUACAAAAAUAUUUGUUUUACUGUGUGGGAUGUUGGUGGCCAAGACAAAAUCAGAUUACUCUGGCGCCACUACUUCCAGAAUACUCAGGGACUUAUUUUUGUUGUUGAUUCUAAUGACAGGGAACGUAUUGGUGAAGCACAACGAGAACUGCAAAACAUGCUGCAAGAAGAUGAACUGCGUGAUGCUGUGUUAUUGGUGUUUGCCAACAAACAAGAUUUACCCAAUUCAAUGACUGCUGCCGAGCUGACUGAUAAAUUACAAUUGAACCAAUUACGCAAUCGUCAGUGGUACAUGCAAGCCACAUGUGCAACACAAGGUGAUGGCUUGUACGAAGGUCUGGACUGGCUUUCCAACCAACUCGCUAAGAAGUGAAGUGAAGUGAGGACAUUUGCCAAUUACACCACAACAAUCUUUUAGUUUUUCGCGUUUUUGUUGAUUGUGCAUUUCAGUUUAAGCCCAAAAUGUCUGAUCAAGAUAUUUAACAAGUAUUUAAGUUUAAUCAUAAUGUUUGUGAUUUAAAUAAGUAUAAUUUAAUUAAUAAAAUAUUGAAUAAAAUGUCCACAAGUAAACACCCCAUCCAUACAUAUUUUAAAAUAUCCCAAUUAACAGGAUCUAUUAUAUGUAAGAGGAUGAAAGGAAGGAUGAU